AUGGGGAAAAAGGAUAGGCAGCGCAAGAAACUGCGUGAAUUCGCCAAAUUAAAGAACAGGCAACAGAAAUUGCAGAACAGUGUGCAGAAUUUGAAAAAUGAGGUUCAACGGGAGGUUGGCGAGUCAGAAAAUCCAAAUCCAAUUGCUAUCGAAAACGAUAAAAGUGAAGAAAAUAAAGAAAAUACUCCAUUACUAUUAACUUCCAGUGAACGGAGGGAAGACGAUGGUUCAAAGCCGCUCGAUAUUGAUACGUUUGAUACGCGUCCUUUUCAAGAACGCUCCAAGAGUGGUAAUCCGGUUCAAGCUGAGGGUGAUGACAUGGAAGGAAAAUCUGAGGACAAGGCUGAUCAAGAUCAUCAUAAGUUUCUCUCACAGGACGAGUCAGGUACGAAGUCUCCUUUACAAAACUCUAUGAUAGAUUUCAGCGACAGAUCAAUUUCCCCACUGCAAAGCAUUACCAGCGAUCAUACUCAGAUGAGCGAACGUGAACUGCCAGGGUCCUCUACAAAUUCAUUGGAAGGAAAUGGGGACAUACACGUGGCACAGUCGGAGAGCGAAAGGCCAACUAGUAAAACUUUAGCCACAGCUACAUCAGCUCCCGCAGUACCAGUUAGUAGGGCCGAGAUAAGUCCAUAUGGAUAUGGCUCUAUAUCGCAGACCAUUGAAGAUGUGGAAGAUGAAACGGAUCCCUCUUAUAUUGCGAGUACAUCGUCUGAUGCAUUUGUGCAUCAGGAGACUAGAAGACGGAUCUUUUCAUCCUGCAUGUGUACUUAUUUAUUCUUUAUUGCUAUGGACAGUUCUAUCCUCCUGGUGAUUGUUUCCAAAAUUGCGUCUGAGUUCCAUGAACUAUGGAGAUUAUCGUUGAUUGUCUCAGUGUACCUCUUGAGUAAUGCGAUCGGGCAACUGUUGUUUUUGAAACUAUCUAUAAUAUCUAGUGUAAAAUUGUUAUUGUGCAUGGCUCAAUUCAGUUUUAUCCUCGGCAGUUAUUUAUCUUGGAGUUCUUCUCAUUUCUGGACCUUUAUCUUUGCCCGUUUUGUUGCUGGAUUCGGAAGUGGUUCUUUGAUAGCGCUUAAAAGUACUAUAAUGAAUCGUUUUUCUCAAAAGAAUGAAAGCAGAUACUCAUUGAGUGCUUCCGUGAUAAUAUUCUCCCUCGGUGUAGCAAUUGGACCCUUUGUGGUAGGCCUCUUUGAUUCUUCUCAUGGUAGUGGAUGGAAAAAUGCCUUUUUAAUUCCCGUGCCAUUUUGCCUUGUGAAUGCUUCUAUCAUGUUAGCAGACAUAUACUCUGUCAAGGAUAAUUUACAUCAUGAAGGUUCGACAUUUACUUUAUGGAAAAGAGUCAAGAAGAUUCUAUUAAGUCCUGAUUUAUAUGAAAUCUUGACCCUAACGCUAUUCUUACUCUGUUUCGUCCAAGUGACUACAUUGGAUUUGACAGAAUUAGAGCAUCGUACAAUGAUUCAAUGGGUACUAUUCUCUGUGAUCCUCAUAUGUGGAGUAUUAUUUUGGUUGAUAGAGGCAAAUGAUACUUACAUGAAUUCUGUCAUUUCAAUGUCAUUACAAGGAGACAAACGUUUGAUAUGGACAGUGACGGGAAUUUCGUUUUGUUUUUCCGCAUUAAUGUGCAUCAUCCCAUUCGGAACAACUUAUUUCACCAUUGUUCUGAACCUAAACACUUUACAAAUCGCGGAAAGAUUGCUUCCAUUCUUUUUUUCCAUUGUGAUUGGCUAUUUCAGCGUUUGUUAUUUUUGGAAAUCCAAAAAGCAGAAUUAUCUGCUAAAAUUUGUUUUGAGUGGAGUCACUUUGAUAUUAUACAUUACGCUUAUGGGAGUAGGCUUGAGUUUACCAGUAUGGAAGCAAUACGUCUGUUUGUCUUUACCAUUUCUGGGUUCCUCUAUGCUACUGACCUUACUUUCAAGUCUUUACCAUGAGUAUCAUGAGCAAAGGAAAUCGCUUAACAGCGGCUCUAUUGUGUAUUGCUUCGGUGCCAUAGGGGGUACAAUUGGCAUUUCCCUGGGUGGUUAUGUUUUCCACAAGACACUCACAAAAAGUUUGCAUGAAGAGGUGAUGAAGUUUAGCAAGCAAGGUUAUCUGAAGAAGGACCUCCUUAAAAUCAUCAAGCACGCCACGGAAUCUUCAGAUUGGGUGCACGAAUCAGCACCUAAAUUUAUUUUCAAAACUUUGAUAGAGUGCUACUUACAAGCAUGUCGGAACGUGUUCAAGCUUUCUGCCGUAUUUUUUACGAUUAUGGUUAUAUCAAUGUUUUUCUUUAACAAAAUCAAUUGA